AUGGCGAUUAGCUACUACGAAAAGGGUGAUUUGACGAUCAAUCAGGAAGGCUACCUGGAAAUGUUUGCCCAUAUUGAAGGAUUUUCAAUAUUCAAGGGCCAAAAGAAGGUUAUAGUUUCGAUACCACCUGUUCUUACAAUGUCGACACUCUACGCCAAAAGUGAUCUCGAAAUUGACCGAGAUACCGAAUCUUUCACCGGAAAUGCCAUCAACGACAAUAUAUUCUUACGCUACAAGUUGAUUGUCGGGAAACUAGGUUGGAUGGAAGUGAAAGCCGCCCAGAUAUCUCGUUCCUGA